ACCUUUCAACAAGAUGGCAAUGCAUGGUUUAGAACUUUUAUUAGACAUAAAAGAAGCAUUCAUACAAGUUUUAAAAGAAGCACAGAGUAAAAUAAAGAUACAUAGAAACAGAGAAAUACAAUGAUGACAAUAAAUGGGUGAAAAGCUUUCACCCCAGAGUUAGUUUGUUCCACAUAUUUGGUGUUUAAAACCUGAAAGCAGCAUCGUUUGAUUUGACUCUCUAGUUAAUGAACAUAAUAUGUGAAAGACAACAUGACAACUAAAUUAGAAAUAGUAACUUCUCUCUGGGUUACAAGAAGAAGUGUUUCAACUCCUUCUGUCUAACAGGAAGUUAAAAUGUGUUAAGUCACGUGUGCAAGUGGUGACUUAUGUGGUGAUCUAUGAGUGUCACAGCCUUUACACAGACUUUAUGAUGCUCCCAUCUGUGACAGGCACAGAAAAGAUGGACGACAUAGAUGCCAUGUUCAGUCACCUGCUCGGAGAGAUUGAUCAUCUCUCUCAGAGUUUAUCGGAGACAACAGAAGUGGUCCCUGCCUCACAGAGAAGGAGCACCUUCUCCAUUGGCUUCACAGACCUCAAUGAGUCUCUUAAUGAGCUGGAGGACCAGGACCUGGAUGCUCUGGUAGCUGACCUCAGAUCAGAAUCAACCGCCUCACAGGUUCCCACAGAUCAACAGACCAGUGGCCAAACAGACAGUCAAACUGCAGAGUCAUCCGUGACUCAGCAAUCUGAGUCCGCCCUUCCUCCACUAUCAAACUCUGCUGGAUCCUCCAGAGGACUACAGAUGAGUGAACCACAGACAAAGGAGGACAAAAUUAAAUUGGCUCUUGAGAAACUAAAAGACUCAAAAAUGAUAGUCAAGGUGCUGAUGAGUGACGGCAGCUCCAAGACACUAAUGGUGGACGAAAGACAGACCGUCCGGGAGGUUUUGGACAAGCUGUUUGAGAAGACAUACUGUGACUGCAGCAUUGACUGGAGCCUGUGUGAGACCAAUCCUGGGCUGCAGAUUGAACGAGGCUUUGAGGACCAUGAAUUUUUAUUUGAGCCGCUGUCUGCAUGGCCUCAUGAAAGUGAAAACAAAAUCUAUUUUGUGUCAAGGCCUCAGAAGUAUGUAAUGUUCAAGGACCCUCAGUUAUUUUACAUUAGGAAAAGGAGGGCAAGUUCGAGUGGGAUUAAUGAACAAGCCAAACAGGUCUUACUAAAGGAGCAAUUUGGAGGUCCUACUGUGAUUGUUCCUGAUCUUGAGGGCACUCUGUUCCUCAAGGAAGAUGGAAAAAAAGUGUGGAAACCUCGCUACUUUGUUCUAAGGGCAUCGGGCCUCUACUAUGUACCCAGAGGGAAGACAAAGUCUUCCAGUGAUCUUGUCUGCUUCAUCCAUUUUGAGAAAGUCAACAUCUACACCACGAUCAACUACAAACAGAAGUUUAGAGCUCCCACCAACUUCUGCUUCAUGCUGAAACAUCCCUUCAUCCAGAAAGAGUCGGACUACAUUAAGUUCCUGUGCUGUGAGGACCAACACACACUGCUGCUGUGGGUCAACUCCAUCAGAAUAGCCAAGUAUGGGAACGUCCUGUAUGGAAACUACCAGGCUGCUAUGAAGAGAGCUGCCCCCACUUUGCAAACUCUCCACUCUGCUGCACAAACAGAAAAAUCGAAGACUGAAGACUAUCCUCAUGAGUCACCACCUGACUUCAUCCCCCCUCCUCCUCAUGGACACAUGCAAGUCUGAACCAGGCUUAACUUCAGAUGGCCUGGAUUAAGUCCUUUUAGUUUCCCUUUGCUGUAAAACAUUUGAAAUAAAAACAGAUCUAACUGAUGCCAAUGAUCUUAUCAGUAAUAACUCACACGUGUACAGAAAUAGGUGUUUGUGAUGGACCUUGUACAUGAAGGGAGUUUUAGCACCGUCCAGUGGUAGUGUAAGGGAUUGCAGGUUCAAUAGAUCCAGAUAAAUUAUAUUUAUAAGUAUUUUCAGCUGACUAAGUUUAAACACAUGACCUGUUCCACUAGCUUAAGAACACAAGAAGCACACAGUUCUGUUCAUUGUUUCAAUGAGCUGUUUAUUACAAAAAGACUGUACAUAAAUUUCAAUGAAGACAUCCUAUGUACAAACUGAGAGGAGAAGACAAACACUGGAUUCUGUUCCCAUGAACAUUUAAGUUACUGUUUUUUUUUUCCAUCAUUAAGAAAAAACACAUCGAAGAAAGGCGUCUUGACCUGUGAUGCCCUGAAAUGUUCGACGUUACGUGGUAAACGUUACAAAGUUCUGCACGUCAGUGGUUGUCUCAUGAUUUCUCUAUGAAAAGAAAAGUAUAAAUAAAGCCUUUACAUACAAACUGCU